AUGCAGUUCUAUGUUCUGAGCCCUUUAAUGCUGGUUCCCUUGUAUUAUUCACCCCUCUGGGGCACCGUCUCAUGCCUCUGCCUGAUACUGGUAAACUUCAUCAGCGCUGGAGUUAUUUCUAAACAGAACCAUUUGAGUGCAAACUUACUGGCGGCAAAUGGAAAUGAGGCGAUGGCAGAUUUAUAUAUCAAACCUUGGACUCGUAUAGGACCUUACGUCGUAGGAUUCUUCACUGGAUAUCUUCUACAUAUUACAAAGUGCAAGGUCAAAAUGUCGCAGAUAUUAAAUGUUGUCGGCUGGAUUGUUGCUACAACAACUGCUAUGCUAGUUUUAUACGGCUUGUACUCACCAGAUGGUACAAAAAUUCUCAGCGAUGAUACGUCGGCAUUCUAUAAUGCCACGUCAAGAACUGCAUGGGGAAUGUGUGUUGCUUGGGUUAUUUUCGCGUGUGCCAGUGGAUAUGGAGGCCCUGUUAAUAAGUUAUUGUCAUGGCGUGCAAUUAUUCCUCUGAGCCGCCUGACGUAUUGUGCAUAUCUAGUACAUCCGCUCGUGAUGUAUGCAUAUUAUUCCAGCAAAAGAACCUUGAUGAGAUGGUACGAUUUUGAAAUGAUAUACAUUUUCCUUGGCCAUUUAUGUGUAUCGUAUGCUGCAGCGUUUGUCAUUUCUCUGGCGUUUGAAU